CCACAUAUCCCAAACAUGUGGCUGCCCCUGUCCCUUUGGCGAUUGUGGUGCUACCCUCUCUUUUCUUCAGCUUGCUGAAGAGGGUGAAGCACAGACAGGCUGAAGAACGCUCUGUCUUUCACCAUGUCAACGACCCCUUCCCUCGCCCGCCUCCACACAUCCUUCCUUGCUCCCUCUCAUCCCAAGCUCUCAGCUCUCCGCCCAGCCGUCAGAAAUCAACGGCCACCGCCCUCAUACCCACGAAUCAAGGCGCUGGAGUUGGACCAGAAUACUCUGGUAGCCAUCUCCGUGGGUGUCGUCAGCAUUGCCGUCGGCAUUGGAAUUCCGGUGUUUUACGAGACGCAGAUAGACAGUGCGGCGAAGCGAGAUAACAAGCAGCCGUGCUUUCCAUGUAAUGGAUCCGGCGCUCAGCUAUGCAGAUUUUGUAUGGGAAGUGGUACAGUGGCAGUUGACCUUGGAGGGGAUGAAAAGGAAGUGUCAAGGUGCAUCAACUGCGAUGGUGUUGGUUCAUUGACGUGCACAACUUGCCAAGGAUCAGGAAUCCAACCUCGGUACCUUGAUCGUAGGGAAUUUAAGGAUGACGAUUGAGCUUUGCUGCUUUAUGUAACUGGGAGAGGAGGAAGGUCACUGAGAUGUUCAAUGCAGAGAAAAGCGGCAGUGAAUCAUAAAAUCUUAUUUGGUUUUACUAAACCAAACAAAGAAACAAAGUAUAUGUACUGGUAUUCAUGUAUGUGGAUAGGAUCUGGGUGCAAGCAAUUCUUUUAUUACAGCUGACUCACCAAGGGUCAAUGCUAAUAUUGUUCUAACGU